AUGAUCCGUGACAUGUCGAUGUUCACGCCAAUUAGUGCGGAUCCAUUCAAUCCAUUGCUGAUGCAGGCUGUGCCACCGAAAAAGAUGGAUGCAUUGCAUGCCAGUAAAUCGCAAGGUGUGCGCAUUUCUACGCCAGUACAAGGAGGUCAAACAUCGCCGAAGCCAGCCACGUCGCCAAAGGCCACCUCACCAAAACUACCUUUUUGA